CACCAUUUCUAACCCUCAUUUUUUUUUCUUAAAAAAAACGUUUUUUUGAAUUCACAAGUUUUCCCUCGUCAACAACGCAAACUCAGCUAGGGUUUCAAAUCUCAGUUUUUGUUUUUUUGCUGCAUCGUUGUUAAUUUUGUUGCUGAAGAAUGGAUCCAAAAGUGUGGGAUGAAUCACUGAAACAUGCUUCCAAUUUCAUGUGUGAGAAGAAUCUUAACACAAUUGAUAAAUCAAUUGUGUGCCCUACUCCAGAGAAGAAAGCUGAACCAUUGCCCUUCAAAUUCAAGGAGACACUAAUACAGCUUCCAGAAAAGUACAGGACUAUUGCUGAUUUGUUUAGUCAUAUGAGUUGUUCGCUUAGAUUGUUGCAUCUGCGUAAAAAGACUCCAACUUUUCAAAAUGUUUGCAACAAAGUUGAAGUUCUUGCCAAGAGAAACUUCUCCUAUGCUCAUCUUGCGCAAAUGAAGUAUAUACUCCCUGAAGGUAUAGAAAUUGAAAAGGUGAUUGUUCUUGAUAAGAAGAGCUUGUGUAUGAGACCGGAUUUGAAGAUCACUUUGGUAUUUGAAGCUGUAAAAGAUCACUCUGAACAAUCCGCUGAUAUGGCUCUUGGACGAUAUUUUAAUUCCAGGCUGAUUAAUUUCUUUAACAUGCAUCCCGAGGGUAUUGAUAUUCCAGAGGCCACAUUACCAGAGCCCUUUAGCCAAAGAGAUUGUAACUUGAUUUCCGAAGAUGUGCCUGUAAAUUCGUCAACAGAACUUUCAUCAACUUCCAAUCAAAUUGAACCAUUGCUGAACAAUUCAUAUUUGUAUCCAUCUCUUAGAAGACCUUUUUCUCAGAAGAAUGUUGCUAACCAGACCGAGCAAGUUCAGUGCUUUUCAUCAUCUAAAACUUCUCUGUCAUCCCAUGAAUCUGACUGCCUAGAUAGCCAAGAAAGUGAAAGCACAUGGCAGAAGGAAUCAUUGUCAAUAUGUGUUCAACCAGAUGUUAUUAACACAUCUGUACAUAAGAUCUCCACACCACAUUCUGGUGGCCACAACAGUUUUGAAAGCCCCAAUGUGAAAAUUGUCUCUUAUACUGAUAGUUUGAUGACACAGACACCUGCCCAGUCAGCACCUGAGAGAUUGAUGACACAGACACCUGCCCAGUCAGCACCUGAGAGAUUGUUGCCUGGUUCUGAUGUGAAGCUUCAGAACAUGACUGCCCAAAAGUCUGCGUCAUGUUUUAAGCCUGCAAAAAGAGUGCUUGACUUUGCACUCAUGGAAGAAGAUGAUGAUUUGGACAACAGAGUAGACGUCUUAGAAUCUAGCAAAGCUCUCCGUGAGGGCUGCAAAUACUUUGAUUCUGUCUCCCUAUCUCCGGAGGGUAUUGAUAUUCCAGAGGCUGCACUACAAGAGCGCUUUAGCCAAAGGGCGUGUAACUUGAUUUUCGAAGAUGAGCUUGUAAAUUCGUCAACAGAACUUUCAUCAACUUCCAAUCAAAUUGAACCAUUGCUGAACAAAUCACAUUUGUGUCCAUCUUUUAGAAGUCAUUUUUUUCAGAAGAAUGUUGCUAACCAGACUGAGCAAGUUCAGUGUUUUUCAUCAUCUAAAACUUCUCUGUCAUCCCACGAAUCUGACUGCCUAGAUAGUCAAAAAAGUGAAAGCACGUGGCUGAAAGGUUGUACCCCAUUGUCUGAUUGUUUGACUAAUCCUAAUGCAGAGAGAGGCAAGCAGAAUGAAUCAUUGUCAGUGUGUGUUCAACCAGAUGUUAUUAAUACAUCAGUACAUAAUAGUAUUUCCCCUCCACAUUCUGUUAGCCGCAGUAGUAUUGAAAGCCCUGAUAUGAAAAUUGUCUCUUGUACUGAUAGUUUGAUGACACAGACACCCGCACAGUCAGCAGCACCUGGAAUACUGUUGCCUUGUUCUGAUGUUAAGCUUCAGAGCAUGACUGCCGAAAAGUCUACAUCACGUUUUAAGCCUGCAAAAAGAGUGCUUGACUUUUCAUUCACGGAAGGGAAUGAUUGUUUGGACAACAGAGUAGACGUGCUAGAAUCUAGCAAAGCUCUGCGUGAAUUUGAUUGCAUCUCUAAACUAAGCAGAGGUUUUUCUGAGGAUCCCAAAUCUUUUGAUUCUGUUUCUCUGGAGGUACCAGUGAACAUUGGUUAUUCCUUAGAGAAAACCAACCAAAAUCAAACUGGUUUGGAUGCACUGGAUAACAAUAUUUCAUCAUUGGUGGAACUGGUUAAUGUGAUUGACUAUAUAUUUAGAUCUGUCCAAAGAACUCCAAUCACAAAAGAGGAGCUCCUGCAAAAGAUAAUGAUGAACUGUUUAGAUUUUGUUGAAAUUAGAGAAGCUGAAGAACAGAUCGAGAUUUUGGAAAAGUUGUUGCCAGAUUGGAUUUGUAAGAAGUUGGUUUGUUCCGGAGAUACUAUGUACUGUGUCAAGAAUGCAUUGGAUUUUGACUCGGUUCGAUCAAGACUUCUCAGCAAUGUGACUGAAGGAGUUGAGUGAAUGGUUUUUGUCGACCGAUAAUGAAAGUAUACUGUGGUGCUGCAAGUGCACAAUGAUUAAAAUUGUAUGACUUUUAAAAUUUAGGAUGGGUGAUGUUCUUGUAAUAGUCCCUCCAUAGUUGAGUCAGUUUUAUUAAUCCUGCAGUCUUGUUCGACUGAAUAAUGUGACUUCCUCAAAAUUCCUCUAGUUUGGAUAAUUUUCCAGUGGAAGGUUGGUGUAUGAUGGUUGAUAUAAUAUAAAUAUCAUCACUUCAAUUUUAAAUCAAUAAACAUGACGUCCGUUAUUUUUA